GAGCCACUGCCUGAAAACUGUACAAACAUAAUUGUAUCAUCAAGUAAUGAUAGCUGCAAUUGUCCUACGUGUGGAGACUGUGCAAUUAGUGGACAGUUUUAUAAGGAGAGUAACAGUUGUCCCAAGACAUGCUCUGAGCCUUAUCGUGUCUGUCCAUUAGAUACUUCUGGCUGUUCAUGUCCUAAUGGACAAUUAAUUGAUGAAGAAAAACUAACUUGUGUUGAACCUGAGGACUGCCCAAAAAUUGAUCCCUGCACUAUCCAGCCUUAUAAAGGACCUUGCAAUGGCCAGAUACAAAGAUACUUUUAUAACUCAACCAGUCAAAAGUGUGAAGUCUUUUAUUAUGGAGGAUGCCAUUCAAAUGGAAAUAACUUUUUCACUAAACAUGAUUGUGAAGAGAAAUGUAGUGCAUGUCCACCAACCUGUAGUCGGGAAUAUUGUGUCACCAAAAGAGGAGCUGUGUGCACUAUUGAUGAUAAAAGCAUUGGUAGCAAUGUAAAAUGUCCUAGAGGUUGCCUCAUUUCUAACUGUUGGGCUUGCUACUAUUCAUAUACAGCACUCCCUUAUCCUGUUCAGGCUUUCUCUUGUCCUGUUAACUGUCCACUUGAUGCUGAGGGUCAGUUGGAAAGCAAGUGCAUGCAGAACUGGGGUCACUGUGUCCUCAUUGCUUAUACUAAUAUAUACAAAGAAGUAUUGACACAUGAGAGGACUUCUGAUACUUUCAAGUGCUGGUCAUACCCUUGUUGACAUUACAAACAAUAAAAAUUGCCUCCUGAGUAUUACGUAGUGUUAGAUUUAGUGACUGUAGUUGCUAUAGUUAGUUAGACUUUUGAUUUUACAUAAUGAUCAUUUUUUU